AUGUUUUCCUGGGGAUCUCCGGAUGUAUCCCCAACUGACCAGCGUAAGGUUUCAGGUUUUGGCUCUGAUAGAAAGGCGUCACUAGGGGUUGGAACCGAUGACCGUGACCAACCACAGCACGGCAAUGCUGACUCGCAUCUUUCGCCCUUGAAUCCAAACUCACUGGAUUAUUUCCAGCAAGAUUCAAACGCUUCACAGUCGUACUCCCCCAAGAUGACAUCCGCAGACACUCAUGGUACCUUUUUCCACGACUAUUCUGAACAAGAAGCAUCGCCAGCCACAGCGACAUUCCGCCCCGGUACUGGUCGUACCUACGCCAGCGAACCCGUGGAUUUGGAUUACAAUGGAGACUACCGGAGACCAUCCGUUGCUAGCGCUACAACUGUUAGCAGUCAGGGAUCGAAGUCUAGUGCGAGUGGACUAUUUCGAAAAAAACUGCAGGGGUUCUUUGGUGAUGAGUAUGCCGGGUCUAGCGAUCCAAAACAUGAUUUUGAUAGUCAUCCCCAAAUAAUGGCCCCUAAGCCAUCGUCCAUUGACCACUUCAAAGCCCGCGAAAGAGCCAAUUCCGAUGGUUCAAGGCAUACAUCAGAAGGGUCUCAGGAUGAGAUUUUGCCCCCGCAUGCUAGACCCCGAACACCGCUCCCCUCUAGUGAAAUCACUCCCUGGGUGUAUCAGAGCUUCAACGAUAUCCCACAGUUUGGAGAAGCUCCGGUUCGCGAGGCUCCUAUCGGGCCGGAUGGAUCGCGUUUCGCCUCACAGCAUGCUGCCAGCGCUCGAAGGGACCCAUCUCGUAGACAUUUCAGCGGCCAUCGACAUUCCCGAAGCAAAGAGGAGAAGUCAACGGUUGCCGGGGAUCUAGCUGGGUAUCCCAUCCGUCCCGCAACGGGUCGAGACGACAUCUCUGUUGCGCUGCGCCCAUUUAGAGAAGGGAGUUUGGGUUACCAAACAGCUGCAAGCUCGUCCACCAAUCUGGGUGGGCGUUCCACGAGUCCCACCCCGAGCGUUCAGAGUGCUUACGCCCGCGAACCAGGGCAGAGUUCUCCCGGGGCCACUUCUUAUAAGCGGUCGUUUUUUGGGAAAAUCCGACGUCCGAACUUGAAACAUUUCCCUGGUUCAAAAGUAGUUCAGGAUGCCUCCAAGAGCUCAUCCAAGUUAUCACGACGAGAUGCUUCCCCUGGCAGGCGGGGACGACAGGGCAGCCUGGAGAGCACUGUUCCUUCUAGGUAUGCUGAAUCGGUAGACUAUGAUCGGAGAAGAGAUGGUAAAGUACUUGCCAUUGGGCCCGGCAAACUGAGAGCUCGCCGUGGCGCCGGAAAUGAAAUACUCUCCAGUAGAGACGCACGUGCCGGUGAAGAAUCUGGAGUUUGGACCCUUGAUACGGACCUUUCACAUAUGGAAGGCAUUGUCCAAGUACCAUCACCUAGCGACAGAACCAAAAAUAUUGAUGGCAAUACACUGCAUCCCGAUGAAAGCAGUGUCCCCGAUAAGCUACCUGCUGGCCACUGGGAUGCACCCGAGAGCUGGCAUGUGAAAAAACAAAAAGAUGAGAUUACCGCCCAACUUCCCAGCACGGCUUAUGACAAUGCUGAAGACACCGUCGAACUUGAUGGUACUUCCUAUUUCAUACGCGUCUUUCGAAUCGACUCGACAUUUGCCACGCUAUCCACUGGAUUGCAUGCAACAGUCGCUGAUAUACUUCUCUCCCUUGGCCGGAAGUCCUUCCUCACGGAUCAUCUGAACAAUUAUGAAAUCGUUAUGCGGAAAAAUGACCUUUCGAGGCAGCUAGACCCUAGCGAGCAACCAAUUCUUAUGCAAAAAAAGAUGCUUGAGCAGAUCGGUUAUACGCAGAAGGAUAGAAUAGAAGAGAUUGGUCGCGAGGACCAUAGUUACAUCCUCCGCUUUACAUUCCUUCCGACAAAGCUCAGCGGGUACAGCAGCUUGGAAGGCGAGCCGGGCUUCAACAAAACGCAGAAGUUUAGCCACGUGGACCUACAAGGACGAAGCCUUGUUACUAUUCCUAUCACUCUUUACAAAAAGGCACCUGAAAUCAUUUCGCUGAAUCUAUCCCGGAACUUGGCCUUGGAUGUUCCAAAAGACUUCAUUCAAGGCUGUAUCAACUUACGGGAGAUUAAGUUUAUCGGGAACGAGGCUUUACGUUUACCUGCGAGCUUCAGUCUCGCUAUUCGACUGACUUAUUUGGAUGUGUCGAACAACUUCCUAGAGCAGUUGGAUCAUGCAAACUUGGAUAGGCUCCAUGGUCUUGUCAGUAUCAAGAUGGCCAAUAACCGGCUUAUUGAACUGCCAAGCUACUUUGGGAACUUUCAAUAUUUGAGGAGCUUGAAUAUAUCGUCGAACAAUUUUCACGUAUUCCCAGAGUUUCUCUGCAAUCUGAAAAGCUUGGUGGAUCUCGAUAUCAGCUUCAAUAAUAUUUCCGAGCUACCAAAUAUUGGUAAACUGGUGACUCUCGAGCGAAUCUGGAUGACGAACAAUGUUUUGAAAGGCCCCUUCGACGAGUCAAUCAAGGAUCUCGUGAACCUGAAAGAAAUUGAUGCAAGGUUUAAUGACAUAACCAAUAUUGACCAUUUGGCUCUUCUCCCCCGCCUGGAACAGCUAUUGAUCGGUCAUAAUUCGGUUUCCAAAUUUAAGGGUUCGUUUCCUCGAUUGCGAACUCUGUUAUUGGAUCACUGUCCCAUGACGCAGUUUGACAUCGACGCGCCUGUGCCAACACUGACGUCCCUUAACAUUGCCUCCGCGAAGCUUGUUCAAUUCCGAGACUCUUUGUUCGACAAUUUACCUAACCUGACCAAGCUCAUCCUGGACAAGAACCACUUUGUGUCCAUGUCACCUCAUAUUGGAAAAUUGCGCCGGCUAGAGCAUUUUAGUAUGAUUAAAAACCCGCUAGCAUCUUUUCCCGCAACUAUUGGGUGCUUGACCGAGCUCAAAUAUCUAAAUCUGAGAGAGUGUAAUUUGCGACGAUUGCCCCCCGAGAUUUGGUACUGCUUGAAGCUCGAGACUCUCAAUGUCUCAUCAAACGUGCUGGAUAGUUUCCCGAAACACGGCAGUCCGCCACCCCAACUUCCAAGUGAAGCUGGCGUCACUCCUGCAGCAACCCCGGGAGGGUCAGUGACACCAAAUAUUGAAGAGCUGGGUACGAUUGACGAACCUGAAACGCGUCGCCCUAGCCAGACAUCUGGAGGUGUCCUUAGCAGUGGCAGCUCACCUAACGGUGCAAAUUACCGGAAGCCAUCGGUUGCAUCCUCUUUGGGUCAGGGUAGGAAGAUUUCGACAGCGUCUAGGUCUCUUACUGAAGGUAGUCCCUCCUCCAGAAAGGACUCAAAUUUCUCUCAGCAUGUGGCAACCACAUUCGGGGGCUCGCUUCGAAACCUGUUUUUGGCAGAUAACCGUUUGGAGGAUGACAUUUUCCGCGAGCUGCCAUUCAUUCCAGAAUUACGGGUUGUGAAUCUUUCGUACAAUGUCUUAACAGAACUUCCUCAGGGACUCCUGAGGCGUUGGCCUUUACUGACGGAGUUAUAUCUUUCGGGCAACGAAUUGACCUCACUCCCCUCAGACGACCUCGAGGAGGGAAGCAACCUGAAGAUCCUUAACAUCAAUGCCAACAGGUUCCAGGUCCUCCCAGCCGAACUUUGCAAAGUCAGCAAGCUUGCUAUUCUUGAUGUUGGAAGCAACGCUCUGAAGUACAAUGUGUCCAAUUGGCCGUACGACUGGAAUUGGAACUGGAAUCGCAACUUGAAAUAUCUCAAUUUUUCUGGAAAUAAGCGGCUGGAGAUCAAACCAAAUAUCUCAUCUUUGGGCUCUCAGGCAGCCAAUGGAACAGAUUUGACCGACUUCAAUUCACUUACGCACCUUCGCGUUCUUGGUUUGAUGGAUGUUACCCUCACAACGUCAACGAUUCCUGAAGAGAAUGAAGACCGUCGUGUUAGAACAUCAGCUUCCCUCGCUGGCUCACUUGCAUAUGGCAUGGCCGACUUCCUUGGCAAGAGCGAGCAUCUCUCCAUCAUUGAUAUGAUUGUUCCGCGGUUGAAACCCGAUAACGUCGAAACAGUCGUGGGAAUGUUUGAUGGACAGCCUAAUUCAACAGGGGGCUCGAGAGUUGCCAAGUUCCUGCACGAGAACUUCCUUCAAACUUUUUCCGCUGAGCUUAAGCGCUUGCGACCCGAGGAGGAUGAAACGCCAUUGGAUGCGUUGAGGCGGGCAUUCUUGUCCCUCAACAAGAAUAUGGCCUUCUCUUGUUACAAGUCUAUCGAUCAAGAUGUCAGACAGUAUCAAGAAGACCCCUCCGAUCAGAAGAAGGUGCGCCUCAAUAAGGAAGAUUUACAGUCCGGCGGCGUGGCUACUGUUCUAUACCUGAACAACAUGGAUCUGUAUGCUGCCAACGUUGGCGAUGCCCAAGCUAUCCUCGUUAGAUCUGAUGGUUCAAUGAGGCCUUUAACUAGAAAUCACGAUCCAGCUGAAGCACAUGAGAGAGCACGAAUUCGUGCUGCUGGAGGAUUUGUCUCCCGGAACGGGAAGUUAAACGACAUUCUCACUGUCUCGCGAUCCUUUGGCUACUUCCACCUCAUGCCUGCAGUGAUCGCAGCUCCUCAUACAAUGCAUAUCAGUCUGACCGAACAGGACGAAAUGGUCAUUUUGGCAUCAAAAGAACUCUGGGAUUACGUUACUCCAGACCUCGUUGUUGAUGUAACUAGGGCUGAGAGACGAGACCUCAUGGUUGCGGCCCAGAAGAUAAGGGACCUGGCCCUCUCCUUCGGUGCUAGUAACAAACUCAUGGUCAUGAUACUUGGUGUCGGGGAUCUGAAGAAACGGGAGAAGCUUAAGCUUCGAGGUCCAAGUCUCUCAAUGGGUGGACAACCUGAAGACCAGAUCAUACCCAGCCCAAAGCGUACCAAGAAACCACGUGACAUGCCAGGUGAUUCCAGACUCGCUCGCUUUGACUAUGUGGACGCCCCAAUUGGUGAACUAGCGAUCAUUUUCACGGAUAUUAAAAAGUCCACGAGUCUCUGGGAAACGUGCCCCGACGCAAUGCGCUCCGCCAUUCAAAUCCACAAUGAUAUCCUGCGCCGACAGCUGGGUAUCAUUGGUGGCUAUGAAGUGAAGACAGAAGGUGACGCCUUUAUGGUUGCGUUCUCGACAACUACGGCUGCUUUAUUGUGGUGUUUCAACUGUCAAACCCAGCUCCUGGAAGCUGAAUGGCCAACAGAGAUUCUCGAGCAACCUCAGUGCCAAGUUCAAUACGAUAUGGAAAACAAUGUAAUCUUCCGCGGCUUGUCUGUGCGAAUGGGAGUGCAUUGGGGUGAGCCUGUGUGUGAAAAAGAUCCUGUUACCAACCGUAUGGAUUAUUUCGGCCCAAUGGUGAAUCGUGCAUCACGAAUUUCGGCCGUCGCUGACGGUGGCCAAAUUUUCGUUUCGUCUGAUUUCAUGAGUGAUAUUCAACGCAACUUGGAGGUCUUUGCUGAUAGUGAGCGAGCAGCAUCGACAGGCUCCGAAGAGAGUUAUGCACUGGACAAUUUGGGGUACAAUAUUAGGCGCGAACUUCAGCAGCUUAACAGCCAAGGAUUUGUGAUCAAAGACCAGGGUGAGCGGAAAUUAAAGGGCCUUGAAAAUCCGGAGCCCUUGUACCUCAUCUACCCUCACUCUCUGUCUGGACGGUUAACAAAUAUGGAACAAAUGGCGGCCAAUGAAAAUGCACCAACCACAAUCAGCAAACACUCCCAGCUUGAAAUUCAGACCGACCUUAUCUGGCGGUUAUGGGAGGUUACUCUUCGCCUGGAGCGACUCUGCGGUGCCUUGGAGCACCCGGGCGACGCACGCCUUAAAGAGCCGAAUGUGGCUCUCUUCAACAUAAUUAAGAAUCAUGGAGGAGAACUUGCCGAUUCUACCGUUGUUAGUCUGGUGGAGCAGCAAGUUACUCGCAUUGAGGUGACGACUAGUACGCUUGCUCUGCGACAUAUGAUGCGGCCAUUCAAGCCGGGAGACCGACUUGAUGACCACGCUGUCCCUAUUGCAGAAGUUAUGCAACAACUGCAGACGCAGCUUGUGGAAUAUAAAGCCCUGAAGGAGCAAAUCGCUGUCAGUGCUGCUGGCAUCACUGGCACGCCCCCUAGCUCGACAGGGACAGACCUCCAGUAUAGUACCGGGGACUUGCGCUCCAAUUCUUCUACCUCCUCGUCCUUUCUUUAG